AGCAGCUGCCGGUCCAGCCACAGCAGCGACUGCCGCACCCUUGAAAGGAGGCCUCUGCCGUGCGGACGCGUAAAAUAAAAUGGAUCAUAUAAGAACAUCCUACCUGUUGCCCAUAAGACAAAGAAGAAAAGAGAACAAAAAAGAUCACAUAAGAAAAAAAGUUGCAAACCAAAGGAUUCUGAUACUUCAUGACAUGUCAUUAUCUAAAGCAAUAAUGAAUAUUGACCUGUGUUGGAAUAGUUGACCUUUGGAAAUGAUCCAAUAAUAUCUACUCCAGAGAAGCUGAAUAUACUCUAUUUGGAGUGAACAGCCCAGAUUGUUACUGAAUUUUCAAGAUGACAGAUCCAAUGAUGGAUUUUUUCGAUGAUGCCAAUCUUUUUGGUGAGACCUUAGAAAGUUUGUCAGAUGAUGCAUUUGUACAACCAGGACCUGUUUCACUAGUUGAUGAAUUGAACUUGGGUGCAGAAUUUGAACCUUUGCAUAUAGAUUCACUGAACCAUGUUCAGGGUACUCCAACACAUCAGAAGAUGACUGAUUUUGAACAGUUAAAUCAGUUUGAUUCAAUGAAAUUUCAUCAAGUUAAUCAGUCUUUUGGUAGUCCAGCUGAACAUGUGUUAUCUCCACACUCUCAAUAUAAUUGUUCUCCGAUCCACCCCCAAAAUCAACCGAAUGGUUUGUUUCCAGAUGUAGCAGAUGGCAGUCCAAUGUGGGGCCACCAGACAGCUACUAGCAUUUCAAAUCAAAAUGGAUCUCCUUUUCACCAACAAGGACAUUCACAUUCUAUGCAUCAGAAUAAAAGCUUCGUGGCACACCAUGACUUUGCCUUAUUUCAGGCCAAUGAACAACAAACACAGUGCACUUCACUACGAUCACAACAAAACAGAAAUAAUCUCAACCCAGGGCAAAAUUCUCUUGGCCAGUCUAAAAACUUUAUGGAUGUUAAUGUUUCUGGUCCACACAGAGUCAAUGUUAACCACCCACCACAAAUUACUAAUGCAUCUAAUUCACAGCAAUCGCUUUCAAUGCAGCAAUUUUCUCAAGCGUCAAAUCCCUCAGUACACUUCCUGAAGUGUAGCAAUCAUCAAGAAGGAAGUUUUAAUGGACCUUCCCCAAAUAUGACUUCUUGUUCUGUCAGUAAUUCACAGCAGUUUUCUUCACAUUAUUCCUUUUCCAGUAAUCAUAUAUCACCAAACAGUCUCCUUCAGUCCUCUGCGGUUCUUGCACCUAAUCAUACAAAUCAGACUUUAUCUGAUUUUACUAGAAAUAAUUCCUUUUCACCUCAUAGGGGAAUCAAGCAAGAAUCCACUCAGCAUGUCCUAAACCCCAAUACAUCCUUGAAUUCAAAUAAUUUCCAAAUGUUGCAUUCGUCACAUCCUCAGGGUAAUUAUAGCAAUUCAAAAUUAUCUCCUGUGCACAUGAACUUCCCAGAUCCUGUUGACUCAGGAACUCAAAUGGGCCAUUUCAGUGAUCAUGUAGAAACUAAUGGCUUUUCAUCUUUAGAAGAGAAUUUACUUCAUCAAGUGGAAUCUCAAACUGAGCCCUUCACAGGACUUGACCCAGAGGACCUCCUUCAGGAGGGUCUUCUUCCCCAAUUUGAUGAGUCAGCAUUUGGACAAGAUAAUUCAAGUCAUGUUUUAGAUCAUGACCUUGAUCGGCAGUUUACUUCUCAUCUUGUAACAAGGCCUUCUGAUAUGACUCAGACUCAGUUGCAGAGUCAGGCUCGGAAUUGGCAUUCAUCAUUUUCUAAUCAUCAGCAUUUACAUGACAGAAAUCGCCUGUGUUUACAGCGACAGCCUCCAUCUUCCAAGAAGAGUGAUGGUUCUGGGACAUAUACUAAGUUGCAGAAUACCCAGGUGAGGGUCAUGUCUGAGAAGAAGCAGAGAAAAAAGGUGGAAUCAGAAAGCAAGCAAGAAAAGGCUAAUCGCAUAAUAUCAGAGGCCAUAGCAAAAGCAAAGGAGCGUGGGGAACGCAAUAUUCCACGAGUAAUGAGCCCUGAAAACUUCCCUAGUGCUUCAGUUGAAGGAAAAGAGGAAAAGAAAGGUAGAAGGAUGAAAUCCAAACCAAAGGACAAAGACAACAAAAAAACAAAAACAUGUUCUAAGUUAAAAGAGAAGACAAAAAUUGGCAAGCUCAUUAUUACAUUGGGUAAGAAACAAAAAAGAAAGAAUGAGUCUUCAGAUGAAAUAUCUGAUGCAGAGCAGAUGCCACAGCAUACAUUCAAAGAUCAAGACUCUCAAAAAAGAAGAUCAAAUCGACAAAUUAAAAGAAAAAAAUAUGCAGAAGAUGCAGAAGGGAAACAAUCUGAAGAAGAGGUUAAAUGCUCUAUGAAAAUAAAAAAGAAUUCAGCUCCUUUACCUGGUGAACAGCCUUUACAAUUAUUUGUGGAGAACCCGAGUGAAGAAGAUGCUGCAAUUGUAGACAAAAUACUAUCUUCUAGAGUUGUGAAAAAGGAAAUAUCACCUGGAGUGAUGAUUGAUACAGAAGAAUUUUUUGUAAAAUACAAGAAUUACUCCUAUCUUCACUGUGAGUGGGCCACAGAACAACAACUUUUGAAAGAUAAAAGGAUCCAGCAGAAAAUCAAACGAUUCAAAUUGAGACAAGCACAAAGAGCACAUUUUUUUGCAGACAUGGAAGAAGAACCAUUUAACCCAGACUACGUUGAAGUAGACAGAGUAUUAGAAGUCUCUUUUUGUGAAGAUAAGGAUACUGGUGAGCCUGUCAUUUACUACUUAGUAAAAUGGUGCUCAUUGCCCUAUGAAGAUAGUACUUGGGAACUAAAAGAAGAUGUAGAUCUUGCAAAAAUAGAGGAGUUUGAACAACUGCAAGCUUCAAGGCCUGACACAAGACAUUUGGACCGUCCUCCCUCUAAUAUUUGGAAGAAAAUAGAUCAAUCCAGGGACUAUAAAAAUGGCAAUCAACUCAGGGAAUAUCAACUUGAAGGACUCAACUGGCUCUUAUUCAAUUGGUAUAAUAGACGAAACUGCAUUUUAGCAGAUGAAAUGGGUCUUGGCAAAACCAUUCAAUCAAUUACAUUCCUCUACGAAAUCCUUCUGACUGGUAUAAGAGGACCUUUUCUGAUUAUUGCUCCACUUUCUACUAUUGCAAACUGGGAGAGAGAAUUUCGUACGUGGACUGAUAUUAAUGUUGUGGUUUAUCAUGGGAGCCUGAUUAGCAGACAGAUGAUACAGCAAUAUGAGAUGUACUUCAGGGACUCACAGGGGCGUAUCAUUCGAGGAGCUUACAGAUUCCAAGCCAUCAUCACCACUUUCGAAAUGAUUCUUGGAGGCUGUGGAGAGCUUAAUGCAAUUGAAUGGCGAUGUGUGAUUAUUGAUGAAGCACAUAGGUUAAAAAAUAAAAAUUGUAAACUCCUAGAAGGUCUGAAACUCAUGAAUCUGGAACACAAGGUGCUUUUGACCGGCACACCUCUCCAAAAUACAGUUGAAGAACUAUUUAGUCUUCUUCACUUUCUUGAACCCUUAAGAUUUCCUUCUGAAUCAACAUUUAUGCAAGAAUUUGGUGAUCUGAAAACAGAAGAACAGGUACAGAAACUUCAAGCUAUUCUGAAACCAAUGAUGUUGAGACGAUUAAAAGAAGAUGUGGAAAAGAAGUUGGCACCUAAGGAAGAAACCAUCAUUGAAGUAGAACUCACCAACAUUCAAAAGAAAUACUACAGGGCUAUUUUGGAGAAAAACUUUUCAUUUUUAUCCAAAGGAGCAGGACAAACUAAUGUACCUAACUUGGUCAAUACUAUGAUGGAGCUCAGGAAAUGCUGUAAUCAUCCAUAUCUUAUCAAAGGUGCUGAGGAGAAAAUACUUGGAGAAUUUAGAGACACAUAUAAUCCAGGUGCUUCUGAUUUUCAUCUUCAAGCAAUGAUCCAGUCUGCUGGUAAAUUGGUCCUUAUUGAUAAACUGCUUCCCAAAAUGAAAGCAGGAGGUCAUAAAGUGCUCAUCUUCUCUCAGAUGGUACGCUGCCUUGACAUCCUAGAGGACUAUCUCAUACAUAAAAGAUACUUAUAUGAGCGAAUUGAUGGCAGAGUCAGAGGGAAUCUUCGACAAGCUGCUAUAGAUCGAUUUAGUAAACCUGAUUCAGAUCGAUUUGUUUUUCUCCUGUGUACCCGAGCUGGUGGGUUGGGCAUCAACUUAACCGCAGCUGAUACAUGUAUAAUUUUUGAUUCUGAUUGGAAUCCUCAAAAUGACCUUCAGGCCCAAGCUCGUUGCCACAGAAUUGGUCAGAACAAAGCAGUUAAAGUCUACAGACUAGUAACUCGUAACUCAUAUGAGAGAGAGAUGUUUGACCGAGCCAGUCUGAAACUGGGCCUAGAUAAGGCUGUGUUACAGAGCAUGAGUGGAAGAGAAAGUAAUGUUGGCGGUAUUCAACAGCUUUCCAAAAAGGAAAUAGAAGACUUGCUUCGAAGAGGUGCUUAUGGUGCCAUUAUGGAGGAAGAAGAUGAAGGCUCUAAAUUCUGUGAAGAGGACAUUGAUCAGAUUUUAUUGCGUCGUACAAAAACUAUCACAAUUGAGUCAGAAGGACGUGGGUCAACAUUUGCUAAGACCACUGGAUUUGAAACAACCUUUGAAUAUAUGUGUAUGCAGAAUUCAAAUUCUAUCUACAGUAAAUGUGAGGAGGCGAGUUUUGUGGCAUCUGGAAACCGGACAGAUAUUUCUUUAGAUGAUCCCAACUUCUGGCAAAAAUGGGCUAAAAAGGCAGAAAUAGAUAUAGAUGCCAUCAGUGGCAGAAACAGCUUGGUUAUUGACACUCCAAGAAUUAGGAAGCAAACAAGACCCUUUAGUGCCACAAAAGAUGAAUUGGCUGAGUUAUCUGAAGCUGAAAGUGAAGGAGAUGAAAAGCCCAAACUCCGGAGACCCUGUGACCGUUCCAAUGGCUAUGGAAGAACUGAGUGCUUUAGAGUUGAGAAAAACCUCCUAGUUUAUGGGUGGGGCCGAUGGAGAGAGAUUCUAUCUCAUGGCCGUUUUAAAAGGCAGCUAAAUGAGCAUGACGUAGAAAUAAUUUGCCGAGCCCUCUUAGCAUAUUGCCUUAUUCACUACCGAGGAGAUGAGAAAAUUAAAGGUUUCAUAUGGGAUCUCAUUACUCCAACUGAAGAUGGGCAGACACGAGAGCUACAAAAUCAUCUAGGUCUGUCUGCUCCUGUACCUCGGGGUCGGAAAGGGAAGAAAGUAAAGACUCAAACGAGCUCAUUUGAUAUACAGAAAGCAGAAUGGCUUCGAAAAUAUAAUCCUGAGCAGCUACUUCAAGAUGAAGGCUACAAAAAACAUAUAAAACACCACUGUAAUAAGGUUUUGCUUCGUGUAAGAAUGCUGUAUUAUCUAAAGCAAGAAGUCAUUGGAAAUGAGUGUCAGAAAGUAUUUGAUGGAGUUGAUGCAAGUGACAUUGAUGUUUGGGUGCCAGAACCAGACCACUCAGAAGUUCCUGCUGAGUGGUGGGACUUUGAUGCUGAUAAGUCACUCCUUAUUGGAGUUUUUAAACAUGGUUAUGAAAAGUAUAACACCAUUCGAGCAGACCCCGCAUUAUGCUUCUUGGAAAGAGUGGGGAAACCUGAUGACAAAGCAGUUGCUGCGGAACAGAGAGCAAAUGAUUUUAUGGAUGGGGAUGUGGAAGAUCCAGAAUACAAACCUGCCCCAGCCAUCUUUAAAGAUGAUAUAGAGGAUGAUGCUUCCUCACCAGGAGACCUUGUUAUAGCAGAUGGAGAUGGUCAGCUGAUGGAAGGUGAUAAAAUUUAUUGGCCUACUCAAUCAGCUUUAACCACACGUUUGAGGCGUCUCAUCACUGCAUAUCAGCGUACUAAUAAAAACAGACAAACUCAGCAGAUACAACCAACUUUCUCAGUGCCUGCCAGUGUAAUGCAGCCUCUUUAUGAAGAAGCCACUCUAAAUCCUAAAAUGGCAGCCAAGAUAGAAAGACAGCAGAGAUGGACAAGGAGAGAAGAAGCUGACUUUUACAGGGUUGUAUCUACAUUUGGAGUAGUUUUUGACCCUGACAGAGGCCAGUUUGAUUGGACAAAAUUUAGAGCUAUGGCUAGGCUACAUAAGAAAACUGAUGAUAGUUUGGAGAAAUAUUUGUGUGCAUUCAUGUCCAUGUGUCGGAGGGUUUGUCGUCUUCCUUCCAAAGAAGAAUUGGUGGAUCCAAAUAUUUUUAUCCAACCUAUCACAGAAGAACGUGCUUCUAGGACUUUGUAUCGCAUUGAACUUCUAAGGAAAGUACGGGAACAAGCCCUUCGACAUCCACAGUUGUUCGAACGCUUAAAGCUUUGCCAUCCAAAUCCAGACUUACCAGUCUGGUGGGAAUGUGGCCCUCAUGAUAGGGAUUUGCUUAUUGGUGCUGCCAAACACGGGGUGAGCCGAACAGAUUAUCACAUUCUUCGUGAUCCUGAACUCUCUUUUAUGGCAGCUCAGAGGAACUACAGUCAAAGUAAGAUGGCUCAUUCAAAGACUUCUACCCCACUUUUACAGCAAUAUCAAGUAGCACUUUCUGCUUCUCCUCUUACCUCUCUACCUAGGCUCCUAGAUGCUAAAGGUAUUAUUCUAGAGGAUAUAAAAGUUAAAAGUGAAAACCUUAAAGAGGAGCCUCAGUCUUCUGAAGAAGAAUCUAUGUCUUCUGUGGAAACCAGGACACUAAUAAAGUCUGAGCCUGUAAGUCCAAAGAAUGGUGUUUUACCACAGGCUACUGGAGACCAGAAAUCUGGUGGAAAAGGUGAAACAGACAGACGCAUGGUUGCAGCCAGAACAGAACCCCUAACUCCAAACCCAGCGUCAAAGAAACAGAGAGUCCACAAAAGAGGAUCAGAAUCUAGUUCUGAUUCUGACUCAGAUUCUGAGAGAUCAUCCUGUUCUUCCAGAUCAUCUUCUUCCUCGUCGUCCUCCUCUUCUUGUUCCCACUCCCGAUCAGGCUCUAGUUCUUCUUCAUCCUCAUCUUGUUCUUCAGCAUCUUCUUCAUCCUCCUCCUCCUCUUCCUCCUCCUCAUCAUCCUCUUCAUCUUCAUCAGAAGAAAGUGACAGUGAAGAAGAAGAAGUCCAAAAGCGAGCAGAAGGUACCCCUCACAUGAAAGCCUACGAUGAAGAAAGCGUCGCGUCACUGAGCACUACCCAGGACGAGACUCAGGACAGUUUUCAGAUGAACAAUGGGACACCAGAGUCUGCUUAUAUCUUACAAGGUGGAUACAUGCUGGCAGCCUCAUACUGGCCAAAGGAUCGUGUGAUGAUCAAUCGGUUGGACAGUAUUUGUCAAACAGUUCUGAAAGGGAAGUGGCCUUCAGCUAGAAGAAGUUACGACCCUAACACCGUGGCUUCUUUCUAUACCACAAAACUGCUGGACAGUCCUGGAGCAGCUACAGAAUACAGUGAGCCCAGCGCACCCACUCCCCCAGGUGCCGGUGUUAAAGAAGAACAUGAUCAGUCAACACAGAUGUCAAAGGUGAAGAAGCAUGUACGAGAAAAGGAGUUUACAGUGAAAAUCAAAGACGAAGCUGGUUUGAAGCUGACCUUUCAAAAGCAAGGGCUUGCUCAGAAAAGACCCUUGGAUAGUGACGAUGGUGCUAUGGGGCAGCAGCAGUACCUCACCCGACUUCGGGAGCUUCAAAGCGCGUCAGAGACCAGCCUCGCCAAUUUUCCAAAACCUAUACCAGUAUCAGGUACUUCCAUUCAAUCAACCCUUGGUGCCAAUGGAGUGAUAUUAGACAACCAGCCUAUAGUCAAAAAAAGGCGAGGAAGGAGGAAGAAUGUAGAAGGUGUUGACAUCCUCUUUUUUAACAAAAAUAAACCACCUAAUCACGUUACUUUGGGCUUAAACACCUCACAGAUUUCCACAGGGAUAAAUCCAGCACUAUCCUACACUCAACCUCAAGGAAUUCCUGAUACGGAAAGUCCAGUUCCAGUUAUUAAUCUUAAAGAUGGGACAAGACUUGCAGGAGAUGAUGCACCGAAGAGAAAGGAUUUGGAAAAAUGGCUUAAGGAGCACCCAGGUUACGUGGAAGAUUUAGGAGCUUUUAUUCCUAGAAUGCAGCUGCAUGAAGGAAGGCCCAAACAAAAAAGGCAUCGUUGCAGAAACCCCAACAAAUUAGAUGUUAACAGUCUCACUGGAGAAGAACGUGUUCAACUGAUUAACAGAAGAAAUGCUAGAAAGGUUGGAGGUGCAUUUGCUCCCCCUUUGAAAGAUUUAUGUAGAUUUCUAAAAGAAAAUUCAGAAUAUGGAGUAGCUCCUGAAUGGGGAGAUGUUGUUAAGCAAUCUGGAUUUCUUCCAGAAAGUAUGUAUGAACGUAUACUCACUGGUCCCGUUGUGAGAGAGGAAGUAAGCAGGCGGGGGAGACGGCCUAAAAGUGGAAUCGCGAAGGCCACAGUAGCAGCAGCUGCAUCUGCCACCAGUGUUUCAGGCAAUCCUUUGUUAGCCAAUGGAUUACUUCCAGGUGUGGAUCUCACAACUCUUCAGGCCUUACAACAAAACCUGCAAAACUUGCAGUCACUACAAGUAACUGCAGGGCUGAUGGGAAUGCCUGCCGGCCUUGCCUCUGGAGGAGAAGCUAAAAACGUGGCUGCUAUGUUCCCCAUGCUACUGUCAGGAAUGGCUGGAUUACCAAAUCUGUUGGGCAUGGGAGGACUCCUGACAAAGCCUACAGAAUCUGGGACAGAAGAGAAAAAGGGAAAUGACUCUAAGGAGCUAGAAGGAAAAAAAGAAAGGACAGAGAGCCAAAGUUCAGAGCAUGGUGGAGAAAACUCUGUGUCAAGUUCUCCUUCGACAUCCUCUACUGCUGCAUUAAACACAGCUGCAGCUGCCAACCCGUUAGCUCUUAACCCACUGUUACUAUCUAACAUACUUUACCCAGGGAUGCUUCUCACUCCAGGCCUUAAUCUUCAUAUUCCAACUUUGUCCCAGUCCAAUACUUUUGAUGUACAGAAAAACAAAAACAGUGACUUAGGCUCAUCUAAGUCUGUAGAAGUAAAGGAAGAAGAUUCCAGAGUUAGAGAUCAGGAAGACAAAGGGGGUACUGAACCAAGUCCUCUUAAUGAAAACAGCACAGAUGAGGGUUCAGAAAAAGCUGAUGCUUCAUCGGGCUCUGAUAGUACAUCAUCAUCAUCCGAGGAUUCAGAUUCUAGUAAUGAAGACUGAUUCCCAGACUCUGCACUUAAAUUAUGAACUGAUUUUGGAUUUUUUUCUUUAAUUAUUAAUUGUAAAUACCCCAGUGUUGAGUGCAUCAAUAACUUACUGACCGAACAUUUCAGUUAUUUGUUUAGAAGUGCACACUGCUUUCAGAGACGUUUUGCAUGUAAUAUUUCUUAAGAUUCAUAAGUUUCUGAACUCGUAUGUACUAUCAAAUACAUAAAGGUGUAAAAUUACAACAAAAGGCAUUAUAAUUUUGUUGGGGGUUAAUUUUAUGAAAAUUAUGCUCAAUAAGAAUUGUAUAUUUAAUAUAUUUGCAGUGAACACAGAAUACUUUAUGCAUAUUACUGAUUUAAUUUGAAUAUAGUUUUACAGCCUCCUUGACACCUAUAAUUUACAGAUCAAAACUCAGCAAUAAUUUGGGCAGCUAAUGAAUGUCAUGAAAGCUGUAGAAUCUACAUCACCAUCCAUUGCUUUAAUUACAUGAAAAUGCUCUAGUGUUGUGAUGCACUGCUGAUGUUUCCAAUUCAGGUACAAGUAUGUUUUAAAGAAGAAAUAAGUUUCCCAAUCAGCCAAUUUAACUGGCUACCUGUUACCUCAGCUGAGUUAGUUUAGGAAGUUUACAUUCGUUUCUAAUUCUAUACUUGUUUUCAGGGGUUUUUUAAACACAUCCUAUAUAUCAUGUUAAUCUGGCAAGAAAUAUGACUUGCUUUUUGCUGAGCUUAACUCGAUAUCAGUAAAAUUAAGUCAUAAAAUAAUCCUGUGUCAAGUGACUUUGGCACCCUAUAGACAUACUUCGUUUUAACUUUUCAAAGUUUGGCCUCCUAUUAGAAAUAAUUAUGUCUCAGAUGAAUAAUGUCUGUUUCCAGGUUUCAGAAAAGGCAAACUCAUGAAAUGCCACUGAAAAGAACUUUCAACACAGCAUACUUCAUGUAAAAGAAAUUGUUUGUUUGCUUUAUUUGUGUAGAUUUCUAUUUGUGUUUUAUGUCAUGGAAAUGUUCCAAAAUUAACAAAUAGUGGUAAAGUAAUAUGCAGAUCGUCUAAAUUCAUUUUGAGUUUCUAGGUAUAAGCAGACUAAAUGUUGCCCAGAAUCAGUGUUGGGUUAUCAGUUUAUAUUAAAUAUACUGAGUUGCCCAUUUUGAAAUGCACUUUGAAUAAUCUCAAAAAGAUGUACAAGUUAUACCUGUAAACCACAAAAAUGAAGCCCAAGGCUUCUGUUCAAUUUCUUAAAACCCUUUACCAUGUAAAAUUUGUCUGAUAAUUGAUUUAUAAUACAAUUUCUCCUGCUAAAGCUGCUAUUAUUCUGACACGGUAGAGGUCCAGGUUCACCUUCAUAUACAUUUAAAACAAUUAGAACUGAAUUAGACAUAAAAAUAUUUACAUUCUAUGGAGAGAUAAAUGUUAGCAUUUUCUGGUACUCAAAUAAGUCAGUGGUAACUUUUGCAAGGGGAUAAAUUUAGGGGGAAUAGCACCCCGGUUCUCUCCUACAGAAAAAAAUAACUUUCAGUAUGCCUCGACAGAACUGUUGCUUUGUCAUGAAUUAAGCAAUAGUAUUAGGUUUUCCAAGACCUUUACCAAUAAAUUAUGUUUCUGUAUGUAAAAUAACUAACCCCUUAUUAGAGAGACAGUGUUAUAUGUAUUUACAAAAUUAUAUAAGUUCCAUUGGGAUUGUAUUGAUUUUGUAUUUUCCCAAAAUAGUACUUUGAAUUGAUAGUCCUUUAUGCAAUGUCUUAGCAAUAGUCACUAUAAUGCCCAUCCAGGAGAAGUGGGUAGUAAUUCUUCAUCAUGGAAAUGAUAUAUUACAUAUUUAGUAUCUUCCCUUUGCAGUAUUGCACUUUUGUUUAACUAGGACACACCUAUGAGAUAGCCAAAGUUUUUCAAACACAGUUAACUUAGUUUGCCAGUGGAGUAUUUCAAUAACAUCCAGAUUUCUCUUCUUCCCUUUAGUUCUACCCACAUGAUCUUUAUUCCUUUCUUUCCCCAAUAAAAAAAAAAAAAAAAAAGGAAAAAAAAAUCUCUAGAUCUUGUCACUAAAAUCUAAUUUAUAUCAAAUUUAUGAGAUAAACUAUUUUCCUAAUUAUGGUCAAAUGAAUUUGGUUAACAUCCUAGUAAUUCUCUUUCUAUGUAAUAAGGCAAUUACAGUUCUCAAAGCAUUAAGGCUAAUAUUAACUUUAAACAUUCUCUUAGGUUUCAAGACACUUGUAUUUAGUAUUGAUUGGGGAAAAAUCCAGUUAUCAGCUAAGGAAAAAACAUGCAAAUAUGGUUGUGUAAAGUUAAGGGUUAUAAGGAAAAAAAUCAGUAGAAUUACAUAAUACUAAAGUUGCAGUUGAAAGGAUAUUCAAGUAUGUGUUGGUAGUUACUAAAAGAAUUAUAGCUGUUAUUCCCUUGUAUUUAUAGCCCUUGUUUCAGGUUUCAUGAUUCAAGUCUUAGUCCAAUUUUUCUUUUGGACAUUUGCAAUAUUUACCAGUUGUGUUUUGUGUAGUCUGAAUUUGCUUUCUGUAGUUGAGCAAACGUCUUAAAAAGUCAUUUGUAAUUUAUUAAAUUACUUUCUAUGAUGUUCUAUAGAGCAAAUGGAAGUUUAAUUAUUUUUUAUUAAACAUAUUCUUUGACUACC